AUGGUUCAUUUCAACCAAGCUUUGCUCGCGAAGCAAGGUUGGAGGAUUCUUCAGUCACCGGAUUCUUUGAUAGCUAAGUUAUAUAAAGCUCGCUAUUUCCCACGGUGUGACUUCCUGGAUGCUGAAGUGACUAAAGGGGCCUCGUAUGCAUGGCGUAGUAUCAUGCAUGGCAAAAAUCUUUUGCGUAGAGGGGUGAGAUAUAGGGUUGGCACCGGAGCUCAUAUUUCUGCAUGGCGGGAUCCGUGGGUACCACUACCUAUACAUUUCAAACCAUUUUCCUCUCCAGCGUUGGGCUAUGAAGAAUUGAGAGUAUGUGACUUAAUGGUGGAGAACGAUUAUGAGUGGAAUAUUCCACUUUUGGAAGCUUUAUUUACACCAAUGGAAGUUGGCAUAAUUGCAAGUAUCCCUCUAAGCCUUAGAGGAGCAGAUGACAGCUUUGUGUGGCACUAUGACAAGAGAGGAAACUAUGGAGUGAGAAGUGGAUACCAUGUGGCCCGCCUUGAUGAUGGUAGAUCUGACCGGGCUUCUAGCUCAAAUGGGUCUUAUGGAAUUAAUGCCACUUACUGGAAGAUAAUUUGGGGGGCCAACAUCCCACCCAAAGUGCGUGUGUUUAUUUGGAGACUACUCAGAGGCAUUUUACCUACAAGAAGAGCUCUCUCCCAUAAGGUUAGUCUUCUUGAUAGUAAUUGUCUUUUCUGUAAUCAUGCAUUAGAAGAUGGAUUACACCUGUUCAGAGAUUGUGAUGUUACUACAUGCUUUUGGGUGUGUACCAAAUUGGGCCUUUUGGCCAAGAAUGUGGCUGCUUCAUGUGUGGAGGAUUGGGUGUUGAACGUCAUUGAAAAAUUGGAUGGUAAUCAACGUUGUGCUUUUUUCAUGGCACUCUGGGUCAUAUGGUCUGAAAGAAAUAAUGUCUUGUGGAACGAGAGUUUCUUCUGUGCCUCUAAUGCGGCACAGUGGGCUAGUAAAUUUCUUGAGGAAUAUCAGCAAUUUCAUGUGCAUGGAAAUGCGAAAGGUAGAAGGGAAAAGACCAAAUGGCAGAACCCUCCUAGUGGGCGUCUGAAAGUGAAUGUGGAUGGGAGUUACCGGGCUGAUUACGGUGAUGGUGGAGUGGGAGUUGUGAUACGUGAUGAAAAUGGUAUGUGCUUGGCAGCUCUGGCUCGGUAUUUCCCACAUGCUUCAUCUUCUUUACAUAUGGAGGCUGAAGCAUGUAGGGCUGGGCUCUUAUUGGCGAUCCAUCAGGACAUGACCGUUAUUGAUGUUGAGAGCGAUUGCUCCCUUGUUGUUACUGCUCUACAGCGUGAUGUGGAAGAUAGAUCUGAAAUUGGGCGUAUUAUCGAUGAUUGUAAGUCAUAUUUGACAUCUUUUCACUCAAUUCAGGUUAGUCACAUCUUCCGUGAAGCAAACGGUGUAGCCAACAGAUGA